GGAAUCCCGGGAGGUGGUCUGGAUAAAAAGUUUGCGGUGGUGAUCUGAGCAAAGUUAAUAAGACAAGAGGGGGACAUUAUUGGGAAUCUGUAUCCGUGCGAGUAUGACCGACACAGAAGCGCAGAGCGCCCCAUCGUCGGCACCAGUGGAAGAACCGCCACAGCCGGAGAGAAAAAUUAUAGCCACUGCAGUCCAAGGCACCGUGAAAUGGUUCAACGUGCGCAAUGGCUAUGGCUUUAUCAACAGAAAUGACACCAAAGAAGAUGUUUUUGUUCAUCAGACUGCCAUCAAGAACAACAACCCCAGGAAGUUCCUUCGCAGUGUUGGAGAUGGGGAGGUGGUGGAGUUCGACGUGGUCGAGGCCACCAAGGUAGGUAAACCUGGCUCUGAGGCAGCCAGCGUAACCGGGCCUGGCGGCGUUCCUGUGAAAGGCAGCCGCUAUGCGCCCAACAAACGUCGCUUCCGCCGCCGCGUCUCCCCUCGCAGCCCUCGGCCUGAUGAUAAGGGUGACGGCACCUCUGUCCCCACCUCGGAAGGCGAAGGGGAGAAUGGCAGAGGGGAGAACGGUGGUGAACGACCCGCACCGCGACGACGCAGGCCCCGUCGACCCAGACGGGAAGGACAAGAGGGCGAGUCAGGGGAACAGGAGGGAGCAGUGGAAGGCGACCAGCAGAGGCCGCCACCGCGCAGGUUCAGGCCCCAGUACCGCAGGCCUUUCCGUCCUCGCCCACCCCCUGGAGAGGGUAAGCAGGAUGGCAGCGCCCGCACCGAGAGGCAGGAAGGCCAGGCAGCGCACGGACAGGAGGUGGAGGCCCAGGAGGCCAAGCAGACAAAUGGGAAGCAGACCAAUGAAGACAGCCAGAAACCCCGCCGACAGUUCAGCCGCCGCAGGCAGAGGAACUCUGAGUCGAACACUGUCUCUAAAGAUGGGACAGAGAAGCCAGCCUUGGGGCCUAGCACCCCCCUUCAGACCUCCAAGCCAGCUGAUGUCAAGGCCUCCCCCAAGUCCUCCCCUAAAGGCUCCCCUAAGAUGUCCCCCAAGUCCUCCCCCAAAACCAUCCACAAAUCACCAGAGGCACCUGCCACGACAGUUCCCGUGGUCGCAGAAUGACGCCUCUGAGCGGAUGGUGUCACGUCACCCCAGGCAAACGGUGGAACCCCACACUAAACUGAUGCAACCUUUCAGGGAUUGGGUGGAGGAGGGUUUAGGGUUACGCCUAUUGCACUACUACAAAACGGCAUUGUUGGCCAUCUCGUAGCUGAUGUCACGAGUAUGUGACCAUUUAGUUCCUCAAGUAAUGAGUUAAUUUUCUACAUAUGGGUUUUUAGAGGAAUUACAAAUCUUUUGACGGGAUGGGAAGCACCAGGCGUGGAUUAUGCUUUUCCUGUUUGCUUUAUAAUUUUGGGACAUUCUGGCCUUCAAUGAAAGCCCACCUAUAUUGCAGGUGUAAUUUGGUUGCCAAUUGAAGGCUCAAAUCCUGUGGGACCCACGGCUUGUUUUGAGGUUAAGUUGUGGCAUUAUUUUGUGUUCAGUUUAUCUUGUUUUAAUGUCGGUCUCUCCCCUCUUGGCAUUCUGUCGGUCUCUCUCUGUAGGUCCUAGGGACUGUUAGACCCAGUCCCCCAUCUAACAGUACAUACCCACCUGAUUUGUGUCAGUAGUGGGGGUUGUGUGUUUACAAUUGAGAAAAUACUCAUUUUUUUAGAAAUUGAGAGGGGAAAAAGUGUAAACCUGCUUGGAUGCCCAGUUAAACCACAACCUCCAGCAAGUUUUCUUUAAUUGACUGAGAAAGGGCAGAGCGGAUACAGCCUCUAUUUAAGUUUGAUAACAUGAAAGCAAAGCAGGUUUGAGUAGUGAUGCGGUCUGGGACCUGACACACCCCCCCCAGAUUCUAAAACAUGCUGCUGCCCACACCCUCUCAUAAUCAAGGCCUGAGGCUGGUUUAAAGAAAUACUGUAAUUCUUUUUUUUUGUGGUGUUUUGAAGGGGAUUGUGCGAUGUCAGUUUAUCAGAAUGUCUAUAAAAAUCAUGUUUGCAAAGACUACAAUGCAGUUCUUUGUAUGCCCACAUUACUCAGUGCAAUGUAAAUGUCUUGGAUCACAUUUAGAGGGAUAAAACCAAAGUUGAAGUUAUUUAAUUUCUUCAACUCGAGCUCCAGUAGCAUCAAGAACAGGAGCCUGUUACAUAUUUCAUCUAAACUAUAACAUGACUUAAGUUGCAGUAUAUUUGAUAUGCUUUAUGACACUUCUGGGGAUGGUAAUAUAUGAAAUUACUCUGAAAUGUUGGCUCAACAUGUCUGUCAAAUGGGGACAAUUGUCACGUGAACCACAACACGGCAUACCUUGUUUUUUUUUUUUUCGUACUUUACAUAAACCACAGGUCCUACUUGAUACAAAUCUUCAUGAAGAUGGUCACUCAAAAUGGUACAGAAUAGACAGCAACCAGCACAUGCGUAGUUGUUUAGGGACAGAUGGCUGCGACGGUAUCAGAGGCCUGUUGCCAUAUCAACUAUAUAGGACUACUUUUGGAAACCAGUAGAAUAAAUACUAGUAGUGCUCAUUGGGGCCCUGUCCCAUUCAGAAACUGAAGAUCUACUAAAUACAGGAUUUCCUCUCCGUAAAGUCUCUGUAGGCUGUGCAAUGAGUCGCAUGUUAAAGCGGUCCACUAUUUUGUGUAAGCAAGUUUAGGGACACGAAGUGGGUUGCUAGCGGUGGAGUGGUUAGCCUGCUUUGAGACUUGUUAACUUGAUCAGAAAUAAAAUCUGUCAGUCAAUGCCACACGCCAUAGCUUUGUAAAAAGG